CGGCGCACUCUAGCCGUCUUCCCAUCCUUUCUGUCUCGCGCUCUCUCACUCUGCCCCAGAGCUCCUGGAUUGAAAGAGAGGAUUUUCGAAGAUGAUGGUCGAUUUGGGAGCGUUCUCUGACGAGAAAUUCGACCCGAAGAAAUGGAUAAAUGCGGCCUGCCAAUCUCGCCAUCAUCAGGAAGACGAGUCCAUCGACAGGCAUCUCGCAGAUCUGGAGAUGAAGCUCCAGCUUCUCUCCGAAGAGAUCUCCUCUUCCUUGGACGAGCAGAGCUCCGCCGCCCUCCUCCGCGUCCCUCGCGCCAGCCGCGAUGUCGUCCGCCUCCGUGACGACGCCGUCUCGCUCCGAUCCGCCGUCUCCGGCAUCCUCGUUAAGCUCAAGAAGGCAGAGGGCACCUCAUCUGAAUCUGUAGCUGCUCUUGCUAAAGUUGAUACUGUUAAGCAGAGAAUGGAAGCAGCUUAUAAGACAUUGCAGGAUGCUGCAGGGCUGACUCAGUUAAGUGCAAGUGUAGAGGAUGUUUUUGCUAGUGGAGAUCUUCCCCGAGCUGCAGAAACCUUGGCCAACAUGAGACACUGCUUAUCUGCUGUUGGCGAGGUUGCAGAGUUUGCUAAUGUCAGAAAGCAGCUUGAGGUCUUAGAGGAUAGGUUAGAAGAAAUGGUUCAUCCUCGUCUAUCAGAUGCCCUAUCUAAUCGAAAGAUUGAUGCUGUUCAAGAUUUACGGAAAAUUCUUAUACGCAUUGGGAGGUUUAAGUCAGUUGAGCUGCACUACACAAAAAUUCAUUUAAAGCCAAUACUUCAACUCUGGGAAGGAUUUGACUCCAGGCAGCAAGCUAAGCAUGAUGGAGAAAGGCUAUCCAGUACUACCGGUUCCAAUGUUCCCUCACUUUCAUUUUCUAGUUGGUUACCACAUUUCUACGAUGAAGUUCUACUUUAUCUCGAGCAGGAGUGGAAGUGGUGCAUGGUUGCUUUCCCCGACGACUAUAGAACUCUUGUACCAAAGUUAUUGAUCGAGACAAUGUCUGCAUUGAGUGCUAGUUUUGUUUCUCGUAUCAACCUUGCAACUGGAGACGUCGUUCCUGAAACAAGGUCAUUGGCAAAAGGUGUACUCGAUGUCUUAUCUGGAGAUGUGCCCAAAGGUACAAAGAUUCAGACUAAGCAUCUGGAGGCGCUGAUUGAACUACACAACAUGACGGUUGCUUUUGCAAGGAACAUCCAACACUUGUUUUCAGAGUCUGAUAUUCAAAUUUCAUUGAAUACAUUAAAGGCUGUCUACUCUCCAUAUGAAUCAUACAAACAGAGGUAUGGUCAGAUGGAGCGUGCAAUUCUAUCAUCUGAGAUUGCUGGAGUAGAUCUUAGGGGAGCCGUUGCCCGUGGUGUGGGUGCACAGGGAAUUGAGCUUAGUGAAACAGUUCGAAGAAUGGAAGAAUCCAUUCCACAAGUUAUUGUGCUUCUUGAAGCAGCUGUAGAGAGAUGCAUCAGUUUUACUGGAGGUUCUGAGGCAGAUGAACUUUUAACCGCACUUGAUGAGAUCAUGUUACUGUAUAUUUCUACACUUCAAGAAACCUUAAAAUCCUUGAGAUCUGUAUGUGGGGUGGAUGGUAUUGGACAUGGUGACAGUAUUGGUCCAAGAAAGGAGAUGGGGUUGGACAAAAAGGAAGGGACCCACAAUACACACAUGGCUGAUAUGGUCUCAGAUGAAGAGGAGUGGUCCAUCGUGCAAGGGGCAUUGCAGAUUCUUACUGUUGCAGACUGUCUAACCAGCAGAUCCUCGGUAUUUGAAGCUUCCUUACGAGCUACCCUUGCUAGGCUCAGCACAAGCUUGUCGCUUUCAGUAUUUGGUUCUAAUUUGGACCAAUCUAAUAUAGCCAGUGAUGAUGCAAAUAGAGAAUUUUCGCUGGCUGGAAGGACACCCCUGGAUAUUGCAACUAUGCGCCUUAUUGAUGUGCCUGAGAAGGCCAGGAAACUCUUUAAUCUUUUGGAUCAGUCGAAAGAUCCAAGGUUUCAUGCGCUACCACUCGCAUCUCAAAGAGUAGCGACAUUUGCAGAUAUGGUCAAUGAACUCGUUUAUGAUGUCCUCAUAUCAAAAGUACGGCAACGCCUGAGUGAUGUUUCUCGCAUGCCAAUCUGGUCUUCUGUAGAGGAGCCUACCGCUUUUCCACUCCCUAGUUUUAGUGCCUACCCCCAGGCCUAUGUAACCAGUGUUGGUGAAUAUCUUCUUACUUUACCACAACAACUGGAGCCACUUGCAGAAGGUAUCUCUAGCAGUGAUCCAAACACAGAUGAAGCUCAGUUCUUCGCAACCGAAUGGAUGUUCAAGGUUGCAGAGGGUGCCACAACUCUAUACAUGGAGCAAUUACGGGGCAUUCAGUAUAUAACCGAUCGAGGUGCUCAGCAGCUGUCAGCUGAUAUAGAGUAUUUGAGCAACGUGCUCAGUGCUCUAUCAAUGCCUAUACCCCCAAUCCUAGCAACAUUCCACACCUGCCUUUCUACCCCAAGAGACCAACUUCGUGAUCUCGUGAAAUCAGAUGCAGGAAACCAGCUUGAUCUUCCAACUGCCCAUCUCGUCUGUAAGAUAAGGCGUGUGACUUUAGACCAGUGAUUUUCUUUGUUCUUUUUUUCCCUUUUUUCUAUAUCUUUUAUUUUUAUUUUUAUUUUUAUUAUUUCUGUGAAAAUGUGGGGAACAAGCUUACUUUUCCCAUUUACUAGGGGCGUCUGUUAUCUUUUUCUGUGCCUUUCCUUCACAUUGCCAUUUAGACUGUACUAUUGUAUUGCCGAAUACAUGUAUGUGUCAUAUCACAAAGAGCUUCAUGCGUUGCUGGUCACAGUAAA